GGUAACUCGUAUUCACGUGAUAGCAUAAGCUGCUUGUAAUUUUCAGGGAUAAGCACACGACACACGGGUUUGCGUUAGGGGUUCUAUCCAGGCGUUCACCCUGAGUCAAUUUGAACAAAACACAACCUAGAUAGAACUGCUGGCGCUGUCGCCGUUGCACAGCAGGCAUAUACAGGCGCAAGCAACGAUCGCCAGUCUGCCGCUGCCAGGGGAAAGAUGGACGCAAAUACCAUGCAGUUUGCGAUGGAACAGAUGAGGAAAAUGACCCCGGAGCAGAUGGAACAAAUGCAAUCCAUGAUGAAAAACAUGCCACCGGACAUGAUGCAGCAGGCCAUGUCUCAGAUGAAGGACAUGAAGCCGGAUGACUGGGAGCGCGCCAAGCAGCAGAUGGCGGGCAUGGACGGUGACACCAUGGCGAGGCAGGCGGCGCAGGCGCAGCAGCAGAUGGCGGGGCGGACGCAGUACGUGCUAAACGCAAGCAACCAGCUAAAGGCGGAGGGUAACCAGCUACACAACCGCGGUGCCUUCGCGGAGGCGGCGGAGAAGUACGAGCGGGCUAAGACCAACGUCGCGAGCAUGGCGGGCAAGGAGGCAGCAGACCUGGCGCGCGCCUGCACGCUCAACCUCAGCAGCUGCUACCUCAAUCUGAAGCAGUUCUCCAAGUGCCUGGAGAAUUGCAACAGCGUGCUCGCAUCGGAACCCAGCAACCUGAAGGCGCUGUACCGCCGCGGCCAGGCCUACAUGGGCACCGGCUCCUGGCUGGACGCCAGCUCGGAUCUGGAGCGGGCGCUCAAGAUGGCAAAGGAGAUCGACCCCUCGCAGGCGGUACCCAUCCGGGAUAAGCUGCAGGAAGUCAAGGACAGGAUCAGCGCGCUGCGCGCGUCCGGCCAGCUGCCGCCGGCAGGCGCCAGCACGGCUGUUGCUGCUGCUACUGCUGCCAGCAGCGCGGAUGACGGCGACGGGGUGGUGGAGGAGGUGAAGGAGGCGCCUGCAGCGCCGGCGACCUCCACCGCGUCGCGGGCGGCGGCCAGCACGGGGGCGUCUACCAGCAGCAGCAGCAGUAGCAGCAGUGUCGGCGCGGGGCCGAUGGCAGGCAUGGACAUGGAAAAGAUGCAGGAGAUGGUGUCAAAGAACCCUGAAAUGAUCAAGCAGGCCCAGGAGAUGAUGAAGGGCAUGAGCGAUGACCAGCUGCGCGCCAUGGCCCGGCAGAUGGGCAUGCCGGACGCACCGCUGGACGCGCUGCGGGGCGGGCUGGACGCCGACCUCAUGACCAAGGUGGCCAAGGUGCAGGCCGAGCUGCCGCCGGAGCUGCGUGGCCCUGACGCUGCCCGCAACCCCGAGGCCAUGAAGAAGAUGGCGGAGGUGAUGGCCAAGAACCCCGACAUGGCCAAGACCAUGGGCGAGGUGCUGUCCACUAUCGACCCCAGCAAGCUGCAGGAGAUGGCCAAGCAGGCGGGCCUGCCGCCGGGCAUGAACAUCACGCCAGAGAUGGCGAAGAUGGCGGCGGAGAGCUUCCAGAAGAUGUCGCCCAGCGAGCUGCAGGCGGCCAUGGACACGGCCGCCAAGAUGGGCCCGCCGCCCGCCUCCCUCGGUUCCUCCGCUGCGGACUCCUCCUCCGCCCGCGCCUCAUCUGCCGCCGGUGCCAGCACCAGCGGCCGCAGCAGCGCCGCGCCUGCGUCAAGCUCGCUGGCAGCGGGGCUGCCACCCAUGCCGCCGGGCGGCAUGGACCCGCGGGCUGCGGCGGAGAUGAUGGCGUCCAUGCCGCCAGAGCAGCUGGCGGAGAUGGCCAAGAUGGUGCCGGGCGGCGCGGGCAUGAACAUGACGCCGGAGGCCAUAAAGAUGGCGGCAGAGAUGAUGAAGAACAUGAGCCCGGAGGAGAUGGCGCGGAUGACGGAGAUGGCGGCGUCCCUGCAGGCGUCGGCGGGGGUUGGCAGCGGGAGUAGCAGCAGCGCGGCGGCGGCGGCAGCGCCGGCGCUGGGGCCGGGCGGCAUGCCGCAGAUGACGCCGGAGAUGGCAAAGAUGGCGGCGGACAUGAUGAAGAACAUGAGCCCCGACGACAUCGCCAAGAUGACGGAAAUGGCCAGCAAGAUGGGCAUGGCGCCAGGCGGCGCGGCGGGCGCGGGCGCCGCCGGGCUGCCGCCGGGCGGCAUGGCCGGCAUGGCGGACAUGAUGAAGAACAUGAGCCCGGAGGACAUGGCGCGGAUGACGGAGAUGGCGGCCAAGAUGGGCAUGGGGCCGGGCAUGGGGCCGGGCGCGCUGGGCGCUGGCGGCAAGAUGCCGGACCUGGGCUCCAUGGGCUCCAUGAUGCAGGAUCCCAAAAUGAUGGAGUCCAUGGUCAAGAUGAUGAAAUCCAUGGAUCCAGAGGCGCUGGCGGGCAUGCUGAUCAGCAGCGGCAUGGUGAAGGACCGCGCGCAGGCGGACGCCAUGGCCAAGCAGCUGGGCAGCCUGUCGGACGCGCAGCUCAACAUGAUGAUCAAGACGACGGCGGCGCUGCAGGGCGCGCGCGACUGGGCGCGCAAGAACAUCCUGCUCAUCGCGGCGGUUGUGGUGGUGCUGCUGGCGCUGCUGCUGCGGUGGCUGGGGUGGAUGUGAGCGGCUUUGUGAAGUGGUCAGGUUGAGUCGGUCUAUGUGGGGUGUAGUUGGCCGGCCAAGGACCACAGUUGGGUGGUGGGUAUGAAAGCAGGGCUUGAAGGUCGAGCACUGCGCGUCGCGUGCAAAUGGCGGCUUGUCAUGAGGAUGAUGGCCUUGCAGCCUUGACGUAACAUUCUGACAAGGUGGGUGGGACGUGGCCUCGCGCUACAGCUCACUCGGCAUUGCUUUUGACAUGACCUGGUGCUAUGGCUGAACGGACUGCCGGACGUGGAAAGCACAUAGGGUAUUGAGUCUACCGGUACUGACAGUAUGCUUGCGACGAUUGAGAGGGGAUCUGGAUGUGCAAGCGCACAGUGACCAUUGAGUGCUGCCGAGGCCCAAUUUGGAUUCACGAACCCCAGUGUGGCUGCGACCCCUAUGAAUUUAAAGGGCUAGCAACUGAAUGCGCCGUGUGACAUGCAGCCCUGGACUGGAGCUGUGGUGCUCAGUGGAACUGUGGUACUACGAUUACCGCAACCCGGGCUGUAAGACGUGACAAGC